CCGUCUUCGUAUGGUAGGCCCCGUUUUGAGUGUGCACUUUCCAUCGCGCUUCUAACUCAACUGUCUAUGGCUCGUGCACGGUUCGCACUGCCGUGAAUUUCGGACAACGUGAGCAGCAAUUAUUAGACAUUGUUUAAAGUGUAGAAGAACGGGUGGAAAAGUGCAUAUAUCCCAUAAAAAGUCCCGUGAGUGCAGCUGUGGUUUCUUCCUCUUUCUAAGCAGCCAAUCAACCAUCAACACUUCGGAAACGGCGUGGAAGUGAUCGCCGCCCGUAAAGCAGCAUGAGCUAUCAGAUGCCGCAAAACAGAACAAUGUCUCAUAAUCCCUACAAUCCGUCGGAUAUGCCGAUGCCAUCGGCAAAGGAGCAAACACUGAUGUGGCAGCAAAACUCGUACCUCGGCGAUUCCGGCAUUCAUUCGGGCGCCGUGACCCAGGUGCCGUCCCUGAGCGGCAAGGACGACGACAUGGAGGAUGAUCCGCUGAUGUUCGACAUGGAUCAGGGCUUCUCGCAAAACUUUACACAGGAUCAGGUCGACGACAUGAACCAGCAGCUGAGCCAGACCCGCUCCCAGCGUGUGCGGGCCGCAAUGUUCCCGGAGACGCUCGAGGAAGGGAUCGAGAUCCCGUCGACACAGUUCGACCCUCAGCAACCGACGGCGGUCCAACGGCUGGCGGAACCGUCCCAGAUGCUGAAGCACGCGGUUGUUAACCUGAUCAACUAUCAGGACGAUGCGGAUCUGGCCACCCGCGCCAUACCCGAGUUGAUCAAGCUGCUGAACGACGAGGACCAGGUGGUGGUUUCCCAGGCCGCCAUGAUGGUGCACCAGCUGUCCAAGAAGGAGGCGUCGCGUCACGCGAUCAUGAACAGCCCGCAGAUGGUGGCUGCCCUCGUCCGUGCGCUCUCCAACUCGAACGACCUCGAGACGACGAAGGGUGCGGUCGGUACGCUGCACAACUUGUCGCAUCACAGGCAAGGUCUGCUGGCAAUCUUCAAGUCCGGUGGCAUACCGGCGCUGGUAAAGCUACUGUCCUCGCCGGUCGAGUCAGUGCUGUUCUACGCGAUCACCACGCUGCACAACCUGCUGCUGCACCAGGAUGGCAGCAAGAUGGCGGUACGGUUGGCUGGCGGGCUGCAGAAGAUGGUCGCACUGUUGCAGCGCAACAACGUCAAAUUUCUCGCCAUCGUCACGGACUGUCUGCAGAUCCUGGCGUACGGUAACCAGGAGAGCAAGCUGAUCAUUCUCGCCUCGACCGGACCGAGCGAGCUGGUUCGCAUAAUGCGCUCGUACGACUACGAGAAGCUGCUGUGGACAACGUCCCGCGUGCUGAAGGUGUUGUCGGUCUGCUCGAGCAACAAGCCGGCCAUUGUGGAAGCCGGUGGCAUGCAGGCGUUGGCCAUGCAUCUGGGCAAUCCAUCGCAGCGCCUGGUACAGAACUGUCUCUGGACGCUGCGCAAUCUGUCCGACGCGGCCACCAAGGUGGACGGACUCGAGACGCUGCUGUCCGGUUUGGUGACCGUGCUCGGCUCGUCUGACGUUAACGUGGUCACCUGUGCUGCCGGCAUUCUUUCCAACCUGACGUGCAACAACCAGCGCAACAAGGUGACGGUCUGUCAGGUAGGCGGCGUGGAAGCGCUCGUUGGCACGAUUAUUAACGCCGGUGACCGGGAGGAGAUUACCGAACCGGCCGUGUGUGCCCUGCGCCAUCUGACCUCGCGUCAUCCGGAGUCGGAAUCGGCACAGAACGUCGUGCGCAACGGGUACGGACUGCCGGUCAUUGUGAAGCUGCUCAAUCCACCGUCCCGCUGGCCGCUGAUCAAGGCCGUGAUCGGUCUGAUUCGCAACUUGGCGCUCUGUCCGGCCAAUGCGGCACCGUUGCGUGAACAUGGGGCCAUCCAUCUGUUGGUGCGGCUGCUGUUUAAGGCGUUCCAGGAUACGCAGCGGCAACGUUCAUCGGUUGCUACGAACGGCUCGCAGCCACCGGGUGCCUACGCCGACGGUGUACGCAUGGAGGAAAUCGUCGAGGGUACAGUCGGCGCGCUGCAUAUUCUCGCAAAGGAGGAAUACAAUCGACAGGUCAUACGUUCGCAAAACGUUAUUCCGAUCUUCGUACAGCUGCUGUUCUACAACGACAUCGAAAACAUCCAGCGUGUUGCUGCUGGGGUACUUUGCGAACUGGCCGUGGACAAGGAGGUGGCUGAGAUGAUCGAAGCUGAAGGAGCCACCGCACCGCUUACCGAGCUGCUCAACUCGGCCAACGAGGGCGUCGCCACGUAUGCAGCCGCCGUGCUGUUCAAGAUGAGCGAGGACAAGUCGAUGGAUUACAAGAAGCGCUUCUCUAGCGAACUGACCACCCUGCCUGUGUUCCGCGACGAUAGCAUGUGGAACAAUGGCGAGCUCGGUAUCGGACCGGACUUGCAGGACAUCCUGUCCCCCGAGCAAGCUUACGAGGGUCUGUAUGGACAAGGGCCCGCGAGUGUGCACAGCUCGCACGGUGGUCGUGCAUUCCAGCAAGGAUACGACACCCUUCCAAUAGACUCGAUGCAAGGGCUGGAGAUUGGCGGUGGAGGCGGAAGCAGCGUUAGUAACGGUGGGCCAGGUGGCAACGGUAUGGGCGGCCAGCAGCAGCAAUCGGUCGGUGGCGGUGGACCCGGUUCGGUGGUAAUGGGCGGUGGCGCUAGCGGCAUGUCGUCAUCCGGCCAGCCGACAUCACCGUACGGCAUGGACAUGGAUGUCGGUGAGAUGGACGCGAGCGAGCUGACGUUCGACCAUCUGGACGUGAUGCCGUCCCCGCCCCAGGACAACAACCAGGUCGCCGCCUGGUACGACACCGAUCUCUAAGACGUGCCACGCGCUCGUGAGGUUUUGCUGUAACAUCGGUGGAAGGAGAUGGGAGAAUAAUAUCGAAUUAUAUAAACGAGCGGUUCGGAUUGCGCACCCCGAUCGUGCAAUGACACUCGGCUCAUAUGCUUACACGUACAUGCGGCCCGUCAUGAUGAAGGAAUUUCCCCACUCUCUCAAGCAAACCUAAAUUUUCGGUGCAGCACAGGAUGCAUUGCACAAGGAGGCAGGUUUUUUAAUAUUUUCUUUUUUUUUCGAAUGUAAGCACAUCACCCCCAGCCCCCCGCCCUAAAUCACAACUAACGUUACGGAAAAGUGUUUUUUUUUUACGAAAAUGCUUCAAACAUAUUUUAUAUUUCUGUUUUUCACUUACGAUUUUACAUAUUAUAAUUUACUUUGCAAAAAGGGUCAAAAGGGCCUACGAAAAAAAAAGGGAUUUAGAAUAUCAAUAUUCCUGUAUGCUCUUGAAUAGUGCAUAUUAUCAUAACGGAACCUUUUUUGUCCGAAGGUUUGUAGCUUAAAACUCUUUAACAAUUUUUCUAUUUCAAUGAAAAUCACGAUGUCAAACGACUAGAACAAGGAAAAAACAGCUAAUUAUGCGAAAAUGAUUGUGUAUUCUAGGCAAUAUAACGUCGUAUGCCCAACACACGUUAAUUGCGAAAUGCUCUACGGCAUUAAUUAAUUUUUAUAUAAUUUACGAAAAAAAAAUGAAAGUUUAUUCACGAUUACGAUUUAAUGCAUAUAAUUUUAAGUCCCUUACACAAGCGAUUUGCUGUUAUUAGGUCUAUCCUCUUAGUACCGUUACGGCAUAUUGAAUGUGGUUUGGUUUUGAGCAAUACUUCCUAAAUGCAUUACGGUCCUGUAUGGAAGCAAAUAGGUGCGAUUCACAAUGCAAAUGUAGUCUGAUAUGCGUAACAUACAACACAAACACACACACACAUAAAUAACUCAUUUAUUAUGAUUUAGUGUAAAGACAUGCAAAAAAGAAAAAAAGAAAA